GUAUACAUAAUAAAAUAAGUAUUAAAUAACUUCGCUGUCGAUUUUGGAUAAAGACUCGGAUGGAAACAGAGAUACUCUUCAUUUGAUUACUAUUUUUCUCUCAUAUUUCCACCUAUUUUCCAUCUAACCUAAUCUAGACAUGAUUCUACUCUGUAUAAAAACUUCCGUUUCAAACCACUGAAGGUGUGAUAUGCUUCAGCUUUACAGAUUCAAUUUCCAUGAAAACACAAAGACAAAUGCUGAGCAAAGUCCUUCUGGAAGAUCUUUAUCUCUGCAACCCAGUGGUCAGUGACUUCAGUGGAUUUAUAAGCGUAGCAGAGCUCAGUCACAAUCAUAGCAAAACGAGAAGCAACAGGACAUCAUCGCCUUCAUCAUCUUCCACCAACAGCAUCAUGAAGACUCUCUGCCUGUCCGUAGGAAUGCUGCUGCUCAUCGCCUGCUGUUGCGACGCCAGGCCUCAGGGAGUACAGUUCAACACAGGUCCUGUAACCUGUUGUGACCAAUUCAGCAACAACAGAGUACCAGCAAAAAGGAUUGUGGACAUAACAAAGACCCACAGCUCCUGCAUAAAACAAGGAUUCAUGGUAGAGACUGUGAAGGGACGACUGAUCUGCUUCAGAUCGUCCACUGGGUGGGUUGAGGAGGCUUACAAUCGAAUGAUCAACUCUGAAGGCAUCAAUCUGCAACAAUGAAGAUCCUGAACUGUAUUUAUGUGCAAUGCAUUAUGGAAAUGCCUGUUGUUUUUGGAAUAAAUAAGCUUUAAUUUGUUUUGUAUUUAAAUUAAACUUCAACAAGUGAAUGCUCAGACAUUUUUGA